CAGGUCGAAGGGGCAGCAGCAAAAAAAACUACAUCAAUUAUUGUGACGUGGUUGAAAAUUUAGGACCGAGGAAAAGUGUUUCGUUUGUCCGGCACAAAAUUGCAUUAGAUUUCGUUGAAAAAUCCAUCCCCGCACGGUGCAGCUGGUGGUAUUGUGAAGCCGCAAAGAUAACGCACACACCAGCCCGGUCCCGGUUAUCAGGAUGAGCUCGUUUAAGCGAGAUAACAAGGAGGAAGAUGACGGUGGCAAUCCGUGGCAAAACCUGGAGAAGACGUCGGUGCUGCAGGAGACGCGAAUGUUCAACGAGACGCCGGUGAACGCACGCAAAUGUACACACAUUCUCACCAAGAUUCUGUACCUGCUCAAUCAGGGUGAGGUGCUGGGCACCCGGGAAGCGACGGAGUGUUUCUUCGCGAUGACGAAGCUGUUCCAAUCGAAGGACGUCGUGAUGCGUCGCAUGGUGUACCUCGGCAUCAAGGAACUGAGCCCGAUCGCGGACGACGUGAUCAUUGUGACGAGCUCGCUGACGAAGGACAUGACCGGGAAGGAGGAUCUGUACCGUGCGCCGGCCAUCCGCGCCCUGUGCAGCAUCACGGACAGCACGAUGCUGCAGGCGGUGGAGCGCUACAUGAAGCAGUGCAUCGUCGACCGGAACGCGCCCGUGUCGAGCGGUGCGCUCGUUAGCUCGCUCCAUCUGGCCAGCACGGCCGGGGAGGUGGUGAAGCGCUGGGCCAACGAGGCGCAGGAAGCGCUGAACAGCGACAACAUUAUGGUGCAGUACCAUGGGCUCGGGCUGCUCUACCACAUCCGCAAGGCGGACCGGCUCGCCGUCACCAAGCUGGUGAACAAGUUGACGCGCCAGCACUUGCGCAGCCCGUACGCCACCUGCUUUCUGAUUCGCAUUGCGUGCAAAAUCAUGGAGGAGGAGGACGCAAGCGGCAACGCAACGGAGGACUCGCCGCUGUUCAACUUCGUCGAGUGCUGUCUGCGCAACAAGUCGGAGAUGGUGGUGUAUGAGGCGGCCCACGCCGUCGUCAAUCUGAAGCGCACGAAUCCGCGCGAACUGUCGACCGCGGUCAGCAUACUGCAGCUGUUCUGCGGCUCGUCGAAGGCCACGCUCCGCUUUGCGGCCGUGCGCACCAUGAACAAGGUGGCGAUGCUGCACCCGCCCGCCGUCAACGUGUGCAAUCUCGAUCUGGAGGGGCUGAUUGCCGACUCGAACCGAUCGGUGGCGACGCUCGCCAUCACCACGCUGCUGAAGACGGGCGCGGAAAGCUCGGUCGAGCGGCUGAUGAAGCAGAUCGCCACGUUUGUGGCGGAGAUUUCGGACGAGUUCAAGCUGGUGGUGGUGCAGGCGAUCCGCUCGCUGUGCACCAAGUUCCCGCGCAAGCACGCGGUCACGAUGAACUUCCUGAGCGGGAUGCUGCGCGAGGAGGGCGGGCUGGAGUAUAAAACGUCGAUCGUCGACACGAUCAUACUGAUCAUUGAGGAGAACCCGGACGCGAAGGAGGCGGGCCUGGGGCAUCUGUGCGAGUUCAUUGAGGAUUGUGAGCACACGUCGCUGGCGGUGCGAAUACUGCACCUGCUCGGCAAGGAGGGCCCCUACUCGAAGUGCCCGUCGCGCUACAUCCGCUUCAUCUACAACCGGGUCAUCCUGGAGAAUGCGACCGUGCGGGCGGCAGCCGUCGCUGCCAUCGCACAGUUCGGUGCCUGCUGUCCGGAUCUGCUGCCGAACGUGCUGGUGCUGCUGAACCGGUGCCAGAUGGAUUGCGACGACGAGGUGCGCGAUCGGGCCACCUACUACUACACCAUCCUGAACCAGUCGAACCCGGAGCUGAACAAGCGGUUCAUUGCCGACCACGAGAUCGUAUCGUUGCCACUGCUGGAAAAGUCACUGAACGAACAUCUGAAGGGCCCGCUGACCGAGCGGUUCGAUCUGUCGAUCGUGCCAAAGUCGCAGGUCGUCCAGCCGGAGGUGAACGAGGAGGUUAUGAUCAUGAACAAAGGUAGGUUGGAAACGAACCGGCUUAAAUGUCCCUUUUCUUACACAAACGUGCUUUUCUCUCCUUUUUCCCCUGUAGCGGCACCAAAAAUUGCACGCGUCAAUCGCGAAGAGGUUAACACGGAGAAGCUGCUGGCCAUCCCGGGCAUCCAUCAUGUCGGCGCGCUGCACAAAUCCUGCGCUCCGGUGCAGCUGACCGAAAGCGAAACCGAGUACACGGUGUCCUGCAUCAAGCACUGCUUCGCGCAUCACAUCGUUUUCCAGUUCGACUGUGUCAAUACCCUGUCCGAUCAGCUGCUGGAGAAUGUGCGCGUCGAUCUGGAGCUGCCGGAAGGGUUCGUGUCGCGUGCCGUCAUACCGUGUGCGAAGCUGCCGUACGGUGACAAAGAAUCGACCUACGUUAUCGUUCAAUUCCCCGAAGAUGUGCCCAGCUCGAUCGCCACACUGGGUGCCACAUUACGCUUUUUGGUAAAGGAUUGCGAUCCGGCCACCGGUCAGCCCGAUUCGGACGAAGGCUACAACGAUGAGUACAUACUGGAGGACAUUGAGGUCACCGUGGCGGAUCAGAUGCAGAAAUCGAAGAAGCAAAACUUCCUCGCCGCGUGGGAAAGUGCCGAUACGGAGGAAUGGGUCGAAGCGGAAGACACGUUCGAGCUGUCGUCGGUGACCAGUUUGCAGGAUGCCGUCAACACGAUCCUUAAAUUCCUGGGCCUAGCGCCGGCGAAUCUGUCCGAGAACGUGCCGGAUGGUGCCCAUACCCACACGUUACUAUGCUCUGGCACGUUCCGUGGUGGUGUUGAGGUGCUCGUCCGCUCCAAGCUGGCCGUGGCUGACGGUGUCACAAUGCAGCUGACAGUUCGGUCGACGGAUAUGGACGUGGCGGAACUAAUUACAUCCGCAGUAGGCUAAGCGAACCACACACGACCACACACAUAUAUGCGAGACAUACGACAGCCUCUAGACAGUCUGACACGAUACAGAACCCCCCUCUCCACAGCCCCCCCCCCCCAUCCCCCUUUUCCAACACGUGUGGGGCUUUUACGGGGGGUCAUUAGACUUUAAACGGUUGUAGAAAACGCGCACGAAAAGAAAAGGGACACGCAUGUCGUCCCACGUGCUCCGUGCUGUUGCCGGCUGUCGACGGCUCUUAUUACUUCAUUCCGUGCAUUAUAAUAUCCCAAAACGCGUGAGCCUUCGCGCAUGAAACUAGCAACAAACGAAACACAAACAAGCAAGGAAACAAAAGUGUGGAAUAUAUUUUUAACGUACGUUACAUCUAGCGACAUAAACGAAGCAGGCAUUGAAGUGGUGCGCGAUGCAGGAAGCGUGUGUUAUUGUACGAAUUUCGUUACGUCCUUUUUUAAAGGAAACUGAAUAGCAAACACUUGCUUCAAGCUUCCUCGAACCACAUCCACACAUCGAGAACAGUUCUUUUUUUAUCCGGCACUUUUGCUUUCAACAAACAACACCAAAACGAGAGAGAGAGAGAGACGGAGGCAUCGUGAACAUACAUAUAUUUUGUGAACAAAGUGCUUUGUUUGUUAAGGCGCAUUAGCCGCGGCCGGGUUGGAUCUGGAGCUCACUUACACUUAAGCUGGUCCAUUCGGCCGAAUCAUACACCUUAGCUCUCCUCCGUUUCUCACCAUCUCCCAUUGUCCCGGGCCAGCAAUUUCCACGGCUUUCUUUUUUUCUUCCCGCAAAAGGGGCGCACGUGUAUGUGAAUAUGUAUUAAUUAGUAUAAUCUGAGGAAACCCAACACGAGGAACAAUAAUAAAGAAGCAUGUUUACUUUUGUUUUCUUUAA